GUUGAAUAUCAGCUGAUAAAAAAUCUCACGAUCUGGUAACGCUGGAUCUUAUACAUUAAAAGGCCUUAAGUGCAAGUUGCGCUAAAAGGGUUCGAUUCUCGAGUUAGAAAUUAGUUUUAAACUCCGCUACAAGUCAUUACUAACCUUGCAGAAGAACCGGAGGUUUGAUUCUUGGAAAAUUUACGUAAAAAUAUAUUAAAUCUACAGAGGAUUCUUUAUGACGACUGUUGACCCCUGCAAGCAGUUUGCAUGCAAAUUGCAAAAGUGCUUAAAUGCGGAAAGCUUUAAGAUAAAAAAUGAGGUACACAAAUGAAGUGUUAGGGAAGAAGAAAUCUUUAUCACAACGUUAUCCACGUUUCUUUAUCGUCACAGGUCUACUGUGUGCUUUGAGUGUAGUAUUCAGUAAACCAUUAUAUGAUAUAUUUGUGGUAGGUGAUAAAAGACAAGAAAAAAAAAUACAGGCUCCUAAUAAAGCUUAAAUCGAAUUCGUUUGCACGACAGUAAUGGAGGCUGUCAGAAAGGCUAAGGAAAGAUUAAGACGGUAUCCCACUCUGAUAGCCAAAUGUCACGAGUCAGCAUCAAAAUAUGCAUCAUGCGUCUUGGCAAAAUCCAAUCUGGAGAAGAACGCUUGUGCCGCAGAGUUCAACGAGUUCAAGAAAUGUCUCGUGAGAGUUGCCGCGAGCGGUAACACAAGACUAUAAGUGGUCAAACGUUAUAUAGAUCCGUAGACGCACAUGUAUUGUCGU